AUGCGUCUUCCUUUUCUCUUCCUCUUGGGCAUUGUGGUGUCAUACUGCUCUGCCGCCUUCGACCCUAAUUCAAAAAACAAUGUCGUGGUUUACUACGGACAAGGCCCCUACCAAGGAGAUCUAAUAGAUGAAUGCCAAAAACCCGAGAUCGAUGUCAUAGUCGUUUCUUUUGUGCACCUUUUCCCAGCACAGGCCAACGGUUACCCUGGCACAAAUUUUGGUAACCGGUGCGGCACACAGGUCUACCCAGGCCCGGGUUUUAAUGGCGUGAUUGACCCCUCAAGAGACCAGUUGAAAUCAAACUGUCCGACACUGAACGCCCAAAUCCCGGUGUGUCAGCAACAAUAUGGCAAGAAGAUCAUUCUUUCUUUAGGAGGUGGAGCUGGGGGGUACCAGCUCACGGGAAGAAACGAGGGCGAGCUUUUAGCCACAUAUUUAUGGAAAAUGUUCGGGCCCAAGGCCUCCGAUUGGACUGGUCCUCGUCCUUUCGACAGUAACGGACAGGUCGUCGAGGUGGAUGGCUUUGAUAUGGACAUUGAGUAUCCGUCAAUUGACAACUCGGAAGGCUAUAUUGCGCUUGUUACACUCUUACGCACCUUUUUCCAAACGGCCUCGAAGCAGUACUAUCUUACCGGUGCUCCUCAAUGUAUCGUACCCGAUGCCAACAUGGCUGCUAUGAUUAGUGCCACCCAGUUCGAUAUGAUUUUCGUCCAAUUUUACAACACACCCGCUUGUUCGGCUGCAACUUGGGCGGCAAGCAAUCCAUCCUAUACCCCUGGUCAAGUUUAUCAACAGGCCGGAUUCACGUACGACGCCUGGGCCCAAUGGCUGUCCAAUACACCCAGCAGAAAUGCCAAGCUAUUUAUUACUCUACCAGCCGCACAGAGUGCCGCGAAUCCUGGAAACUACAUUACCCAUGUAGAAGCAAGAAAUCUCAUCAACGCCUACUACUGUAGACCAUCAUUUGGGGGUAUUGCUGUUUGGGAGGCAACCCGAGGAGAUGGAAAUCCCUACAAUGGCAAAUCUUUCCAAGCCGUCAUGAAAGAUUGGUUACUGGAAGCUAAUGGAAACCCUCUGUUAACGAACUGCGAGACUCCAACAACUUCAAUCACGUCAGCCAGUCAGAGUCCCUCUACCAAUCCGACACCGACGCCGCAGCCAAAUCCUGGUGGGGACGGACGUUGUGGAAACGGUAUAUCUUGCGGCGCCGGAUACUGCUGUAGUCAACAUGGGUAUUGCGGGACAACCACUGACUACUGCGGCGCGGGAUGCCAGCCAACAUUCGGCACCUGCGGGGUCCCACCCAGUUCCGGGCAGGGGCCAGGUGCUUGCGGAGCUGGUGUGGGAUCAUGCGGGCCCGGCUACUGCUGUAGCCAACACGGCUAUUGCGGGACGACAGCCGAUUAUUGCGGAGCAGGUUGCCAGGUAGCAUUUGGCACCUGUGGUGGAUUUCCUGUUUCUACUGAUGGCUCUUGCGGUACAUGGUCGACUUGCAGGGGCAAUGGUGACUACCAGUGCUGCAGUGAGUGGGGAUUUUGUGGUAAUUCGGCGCUGCACUGUGGCCGCGGCUGCCAGCCAGGGUUCGGUAUUUGCAACUGA